UUUACAAUUCGAUCACAGAGAAGAUAUUAUGAGUACUUCAUCUCCAACCAAUGCAAUCCCAGGACCAGGAGCUUCUUCUUCUCCCUCUUCUGAAGAUGUUGAAACCAUAAGAAAAAAUCGAGUCCUUUCCAGUAAACUCUAUUUUGAUAUUCCAAUCACUAACGCACCUGUAAUUUACUCUUCUUCUUAUGAUAUCGCCUUCUUCGGCCUCGAGAAAUUGCAUCCAUUUGAUUCUUCAAAAUGGGGCAGAAUAUGUCAGUUUCUUAUAAAAGACGGUAUAUUGCAACAAAGUCAGAUUGUCGAGCCUUUAGAAGCUUCAAAUGAUGAUCUCCUAGUGGUACAUACGGAAUCAUAUUUGAGCAGUUUGACUAGCAGCUCUAACGUUUCUAAAAUAAUCGAGGUUCCACCUAUUGCACUACUACCCCAUUGGCUUGUGCGGCAAAAGGUUCUCUACCCAUUUCGCAAGCAGGUAGGGGGAACUAUUUUGGCAGCAAAGCUAGCGAAAGAACGGGGAUGGGCAAUUAAUGUUGGUGGAGGGUUUCAUCAUUGCUGUGCAGAUAAAGGAGGUGGAUUCUGUGUCUAUGCAGAUAUUUCUCUUUGCAUUACCUUUGCAUUUAUGCGGUUAGAUAUUUCAAGGGUGAUGAUUAUUGAUCUUGAUGCGCACCAGGGAAAUGGACAUGAAAUGGACUUUGGAAAAGAUAGAAGAGUUUAUACUCUGGACAUGUACAAUCCCGAUAUCUAUCCCUUUGACUUCAAGGCAAGAGCUUACAUUGAUCAGAGUGUGAAAGUAAAGAGUGGAACUUCAACAAAUGUGUAUUUGAAAAAAUUAGAUAAAGCACUUGAGGUUGCUGGGAUAUGCUUUAAACCUGAAUUGAUUGUGUACAAUGCUGGCACUGACAUCCUUGAUGGUGACCCUCUGGGAGAGUUGAAGGUGAGCCCCGAUGGAGUAGCAAGUAGAGAUGAGAAGGUGUUCAGAUUUGCCAAAGAAAAGAACAUUCCUCUUGUUAUGCUUACAUCAGGUGGUUAUAUGAAAUCAAGUGCUAAAGUUAUCGCAGAUUCAUUGACGAACCUGUUAAAUAAAGAGUUGAUUGAUUUGGCGACUCCUCCUUUGGGUACCUAAAAACAAUAUGUCCGUAUUCAUGGAUUUUCUUGUGUGUACAUAUGUGAGACUGCAAAGGCAAAUUAUGCUUUUACCGUACUUUGGUUUGACUGAUGUGUAUAAAUACAGCUCUAAAAAGCGCCGGAUGAUUCAAUAACAAAAUGUU